UGUGGCUGCCAGGAUGGCGGAGGAUCAGGAGUUAAUGCAGCUCUGCAAGUUGCCCCCAAAGCCUUCCCACUCACACUCCAUCAGCAACACUUACCGCAGCACCCAGCACUCGCAGGCCCUGCUGCGUGGCCUGUUGGCUCUUCGGGACAGUGGGAUCCUCUUUGAUGUUGUCCUGGUGGUGGAGGGGAAGCACAUUGAGGCCCACCGCAUUCUGCUGGCCGCAUCUUGUGACUACUUCAGAGGCAUGUUUGCUGGGGGACUGAAGGAGAUGGAGCAGGAGGAGGUGCUCAUCCAUGGUGUGUCCUACAACGCCAUGUGCCAGAUACUGCAUUUCAUAUACACCUCGGAGCUCGAGCUCAGCCUCAACAACGUGCAGGAGACACUGGUGGCUGCCUGCCAGCUUCAGAUCCCAGAAAUCAUCCAUUUCUGCUGUGACUUCCUCAUGUCCUGGGUGGACGAAGAGAAUAUCCUUGACGUCUACCGUCUUGCGGAGCUCUUUGACUUGAGCCGUCUGACAGAACAGCUGGACACGUACAUCCUCAAAAACUUUGUGGCCUUCUCCCGGACUGACAAAUACCGCCAGCUUCCCCUGGAGAAGGUCUAUUCGCUUCUCAGUAGCAACCGCCUGGAGGUGUCCUGUGAGACCGAGGUAUACGAGGGUGCUUUGCUGUACCACUAUACCGAGGAGCAGGUACAGGCCAACCAGAUCUCCAUGCACGAGCCCCCGAAACUCCUUGAGACCGUGCGGUUUCCACUGAUGGAGCCCGAGGUUCUGCAGCGGCUCCAUGACAAGCUUGACCCAAGCCCUCUGCGAGACACGGUGGCCAGUGCUCUCCUGUACCACCGGAAUGAAAGCCUGCAGCCCAGUCUGCAGAGCCCGCACACAGAGCUGCGGUCGGACAUCCAGUGCGUGGUAGGCUUCGGGGGUAUCCACUCCACACCCUCGACAGUCCUCAGUGACCAAGCCAAAUACCUGAACCCUCUGCUCGGGGAGUGGAAGCACUUCACGGCCUCCCUGGCACCCCGGAUGUCCAACCAAGGGAUUGCAGUUCUGAACAACUUUGUGUACUUGAUCGGAGGGGACAACAAUGUCCAGGGAUUCCGUGCCGAGUCCCGGUGCUGGAGGUAUGACCCCCGGCACAACCGCUGGUUCCAGAUCCAGUCGCUGCAACAGGAGCAUGCUGACCUGUGUGUGUGUGUGGUGGGCAAGUACAUCUAUGCGGUGGCGGGCCGAGACUAUCACAACGACCUGACUACCGUGGAGCGCUAUGAUCCCACCACCAACUCCUGGACUUACGUGGCCCCACUCAAGAGGGAGGUGUAUGCCCAUGCAGGUGUGGCACUAGAGGGCAAGAUGUACAUCACCUGUGGCCGCAGAGGGGAGGACUACCUGAGGGAGACCCACUGCUAUGAUUCCGGCAGCAAUUCCUGGCACAGCCUGGCAGAUGGGCCGGUGCGCAGGGCCUGGCAUGGCAUGGCCACGCUCCUCAACAAGCUGUACGUCAUCGGAGGCAGCAACAAUGACGCUGGCUACAGGAGGGAUGUGCACCAGGUGGCCUGCUUCAGCUGCGCAUCUGGGCAGUGGUCAUCGGUCUGUCCACUGCCAGCUGGCCAUGGUGAGCCUGGUAUGGCUGUACUGGACAACAGGAUCUACGUGCUGGGAGGCCGCUCCCACAACCGCGGUAGCCGCACAGGCUACGUGCACAUCUACGAUGCCGAGAAGGACUGCUGGGAGGAGGGCCCGCAGCUGGACAACUCCAUCUCGGGGCUGGCUGCCUGUGUGCUCACCCUGCCCCGCGCCCUGCUGCUUGAGGCACCCCGCGGGACCCCUGACUGGAACCAAGACCGGAGCCAGGCCGACCCCGACUUCGCCUCUGAAGUGAUGAGUGUGUCUGACUGGGAGGAGUUUGACAAUUCCAGUGAGGACUAGACCCAGGCCCCUGUG